CGCAUGCGUAUGUUGUGUGGAAAAAUUUGCCUAUAAAUCGUAGGAUUUGUGAUGAGCAUUUACACUUGCAUCACAGGUCCGAUUUCUCUAGUCUUAACUUCGAAAAAUGUUUAUUUAUUUAAUAGAAAUUAGUUGAAAUAUACUUUUGUAAUACAAUGUUAAUCAUUGAUUAAUUUAAACCAGUUGAUGGAAGUAUAGUAGUUUAUUAUUACGUGGAGUAGUGACUUGUCUUGUGGUUAGUUUAACGUUUCUUGAUAUCGAGACAAUUAUUAAAAUGAAACUGGAAGUCGACUAUUUGACGCAGGAGCACCUUAUGGGCUUCGAAAAUUAUAAGUACAGCUCACUGGAUACGAGUCCCUUGAGUAUUUAUGUGAUGCACCCUUUCUGGAACAAAGUAGUAGAGUAUUGUCCAAAAUGGGUGGCUCCGAACUUACUGACGUUCACUGGAUUCCUAUUCACCGUUGUGAAUUUUUUGAUGUUCGCGAGCUACGACUACUACUUUUAUGCAUCUAGUGACGAUAUGCCAGAAUAUCCAAAUAUACCAAGAUGGGUGUAUGCUAUGGCUGCUUUUAACAUAUUCAUGGCAUAUACACUUGAUGGUAUUGAUGGGAAACAAGCAAGACGCACUCAAACAUCUGGACCAUUAGGAGAAUUGUUUGACCAUGGUCUCGAUAGCUGGACGGCUAUGCUGAUUACUGUUUGCAUGUAUUCAAUAUUUGGUAGAACGGAUCACAGUGUAGCACCCCUUAGAAUGUAUUUCAUUCUUUGGAACGUGUUUGUCAAUUUCUACUUAAGCCACUGGGAAAAAUACAACACUGGUGUUCUCUUUUUGCCCUGGGGAUAUGAUGCGUCCAUGCUGGCUACUAUCAUCGUCUUUAUUCUGACGACAUUUGGUGGUCAUGAAGCUUGGAAAUUUGAACUUCCGGGUGGAAUUUCAGCUGGUAUUAUGUUUGAAAUGUUACUGUACGUCAGUGCAUUAGUGUCUAAUUUACCAAUGGUCGUCUGGAACAUAUACAAAUCAUAUAGAGACAAAACAGGGAAAAUGAGAUCGUUCCCUGAAGCCGUACGACCACUAGUACCUGCAACUAUAUUUUUUACUAUUGCAACAUUUUGGGUAACAUACUCGCCCAACAACAUUAUGGAAAAAGAUCCAAGAAUAAUUUACUUUGCCAUCGGAACGAUAUUUUCCAACAUAUGUUGUCGAUUAAUCGUUUCUCAAAUGAGCAACACCAGAUGUGAGAUAUUUCCUUGGAUUCUAAUUCCUGUAGCCGGUGCUGUCGCUUGUUCUUUCAUGGUGCCAUCGAUUGAACUUGAAAUCAUGUAUCUAGUAUCCAUUUUUGCACUUGUUGCCCACAUUCACUACGGAACCUGUGUGGUGAGACAAAUGUGCCAUCACUUCCGUAUAUAUACAUUUCACAUAAGAGAACACUCUGAAUGACUACUUGCUGACGAUGCAUGUUAGAACAUAGAGAGAGAGGAGAUGAGAACAAUGAAUCCACAACAACGUAAUAAACAACAUUUAGCCAAAUACCUGAAACGUCGCUUAUAUACUUUUUUAAUCUUCACUCGCUUUAGUUUUAUACCAUGCAACUCAUAUACAGAAUAUAACUUACAAUUAGAUAGAUAGGUAAUUUUCGUAACACAGUAGGCCUGCCAAGUUCAUUUCAGUGCAAUAAUUUUUGUUAGGUACGUUAAACUUUUUUUACAUUAGUCUUGCUUUUCUUAUUAUACACAAAACUUUUGCUGACUGUUAACAAAAACAAAAUGAUCUUAUAAUAGAAAAACUGACACACGUUGAAUCCUAUUCAAAGUAAUAUAUUAUUGUACAUUGUAUAUCUACACACUAUGUUUUUUUUUUUUACUGAUUAGCAUUUAAUUUUCUUUAGCUCUCUUCUAAUGUAUUUUGGUUUUGGCUAACACACAGAUAAUCAAGUGCACAACUCUCAGUUCUUUACAUGUGUCGUCUCUUGGAUGCAAUAUUUUCACUAGCCAUUAUUUUAAAUAAUUUUUUCGUAAUCUUUUUUAGAUAUUUCGUUUUGCACGGUAAUAACUGAUUU